ACAAAAAAUUCAAAUGAAACAAAAAUUAUACACGUAUAAUGCGCGGCCUUUUUUAAGUCUAAUAAUUCUGAAUCAAAAUAGUCCCAUCAUGUAUCUUCACAAAACAAAUUUCGAUGAUUUACCGGAAGAAUACGUCACAAAUCAACAAAGCGCAUGAGCAAGGAGGCCGCCAUCUUGGAAACACAUUUCCAUUUCUGGGUAGUCUUCCGAGGACAAAAAAACAAUUGAUAAAUAUUGAAAGUAUUUAAUGUGAACGACACAGAACAAAUGAAGUGACAGUGAGAGACAGAAACAUUAAUUUCAGUAUAAACUCGUCUCAGUGAACUUUGAAGCUUCUCAGGCUAUCUUUAUCUUGCUAGCUGCUAACAAAACCCGGAAGACCAGCGAUUAACUACGGAUGUGAAUAAAUAUUUGUAGUGGAGAAAGAAUGAUUGCAGAGUACGAAGAGGAACUUUCUCGAACAAGGGAGAACGAGCGACGUUAACUACUGGAAGCUUUAAGAAUAUCAAGCCGCCCAGCAGAGGUCUGUACUACAAAGCAGUUCGCUGAUAUUCUUCUAGUAACUUUUGCUGAUAUUCUUUUGGCGUGGUUGCAUAUUAAAGGAAACAGAGGUGUGGUAUCGCCAGAUGUUCAAAUUCAGGUAUUGUGACUACAUUAUCAUGUUAUUAAAACUUUAUUAUUAAAAGAAGUUGCUGACUUAACUGGGAUAGGCUCCAGCUUACCCGUGACCCUAAUAAGGAGAAGCAGUGUCGAAAAUGGAUAGAUGGACGUGAUUGACUUACGGCAAACAGGUCGAAGAUUGGACAAGGAGGUGGAAGUGACGUCACAACAAGAGCACGCCCCAUCUGGAUUACGCAUGGAAGACGUCAGUGAAGAUCAUCUUCCUUCUGAGCAGCAGGAUUGGAACUCCAGAAUGGAGAAGGAGGAACCUCAGACCGCCCGCCUUAAAGUGGAACAGGAGGAGCCACAGCCCCCUCACAUUAAAGAGGAAGAACCACAAUCCCUCCAUUUUAAGGAGGAAGAGGAGGAGCCACAGCAUGUCCACAUUAAAGAGGAAGAGCAGGAGCCACAGCUGCCUCACAUUAAACAGGAAGAGCCACACCCCAUCAAUUUUAAGGAGCAAGAGCCACAGCCCCCCUAUAUUAGAGAGGAAGAGAAGGAUCACCGCAUCAAUCAGGAGGAGCUUGAAGUAAUGGAGGAGUUACCAGUUGUUGUUGGCCCUGUGAGGAGUGAAGAUGAGGACAAAGAUGUCACUGAACUUCGCUCUGAGCAGCAGGAGUGGAACUCCAGGAUGGAGAAGGAAGAACCGCGGCCCCCACACAUUAGUGUGGAAGAACCACACUCCCCCCGUUUUAAAGAGGAAGAGGAGGAGUCACAGUAUGUCUACAUUAAAGAGGAAAAGCAGGAGCCACAGCCCCCCAACUUUAAAGAGGAAGAGUCACAGCCCCCCUGUAUUAGAGAAGAAGAGGAGGAUCACAGCAUCAGUCAGGAGAAGCUUGAAGUAAUGGAGGAGUUACCAGUUGUUGGCCCUGUGAGGAGUGAAGAUGAUGAUGACAAAGGUCAUCAUCAACGUUUUGCUUGCACGGUGUGUGGUAAAAGAUUCUCUCGAAAAUGUUACUUAAAAAUACACACAAGUGUACACACUGGAGAGAAACCUUUUUCUUGCACGGUGUGCGGUGAAAGGUUCUCUCGAAAAGGUAGUUUAAAAAUACACACAAUUGUGCACACUGGAGCGAAACCUUUUUCCUGCACACUGUGUGGUAAAGGAUUUUAUGACAAAUAUAGUUUAAAAAUGCACACACGAGUACACACUGGAGAGAAACCUUUUUCCUGCUCAAUUUGUGCCCGAGGAUUCACCAAGAAGUCGAAUUUGAGAGCGCACACAAAAAUACACACUGGAGAGAAACCUUUUCCUUGCUCCCUGUGUGGUAAAACGUUCUCUCGAAAAGGUACUUUAAAAAGACACACACGAGUACACACUGGAGAGAAACCUUUUUCUUGCACGGUGUGCGGUAAAGGAUUCUAUGACAAAUGUGGUUUAAAAAUACACUCAAGAGUACACACUAGGGAGAAACAUUUUCCUUGCUCAGUGUGCGGUAAAAUAUUCUCUCACAAAGGCAGUAAAACAGAAUAGCGCACACUGGAGAGAAACCUUUUUCCUGCUCAGUUCGUGGUAAAGGUUUCCUUUGGAAGGUACCUUUAAUCAGAGAAAGCAAGACACUAUUAGUAGUGAAGUUGUGUAAAAUAACUUCUCACAUUGCUCAUUUUUGUGUGUCUCUUGCACUUUUUUUCUCAUGCUGAAGAUUCCCUUUAGACCGCCCACGAGCUCAUUGACUCCGCUGUUUCUUGCUAACGUGAUCGGCCGUCCGUAAUAUCCUGGGAUAUUGCUGGGUGAAUUUGACUCGCCCACCACUAAGUGGUCCUGGGUGGUGGUUCAAAUAUUUGAAAUGUUUUCAUUUCAUUUUAAUAAAUACCAACUUGUGUUAAUCCAUUCAUUUCUGUGCCUCUGACCAUAGACCAAGAAAUAAAUCUACAAAAAAGUUGCAAUCAUCAGUAUUGGGGCCGUAUAUGUUUGUCGUAUUCGUAUCUUGUGAUGUCAAAUGUCUUCCAAACUUGUCUUUAAUUCGGUUUCUUGGAGAAAAAACUGAGCACGUCUUUUAUUUUGUUGAUUUCUUGUUUCAAUUUGUGAAGUUAAAUGAAACUUCUUGAGAUCUGAACAAUAAAGUGUUUUCUGUUCAAAUCUAAAGUUUUAAUCAACAGACAAAACGCUACCUACAAUGGCGGUGGUCACACGCAAUGACAGCACAACAUGCAAGAGGUAAGUAAACACACGUAGGGCAACUACGACUUAGGGGAAUAAUAAUAUUAAACAACUGUUAAUAAACACAUAACUUCAGCAUUUGUUUUUACAAUCCAAGUACCACAAUGCAUGCUGGGAGCCGGCAUCACUCCCUGUUAGGAAUGUGACAAAACAACUUUAUCUCAAACUAUGGCGAUAUGAAAUCCUACUAUGGCUCAUCGAUACGCUCUCGCCUUGUAUUUUUUUCAAUUAUUUAUUAAAAUACAGCUGCUAUAACCUUCUAGCACCGUCUACUUCAUAGAGUUGAUCUACUGGAGAGACAUGACGUGUUUUCUGAAUGGGUUUAAAACAGUGUCACUGUUUGUCAGACUCAUUGGGGGGAUUCUGCGAAAGUGGCUCAACCAACCCAGGCUUUGUGCUCAAAAUGCAGCUCUACAAAACCUAAAUUCCCCAAACAGAACUGAACGGUACUGCGACGGCGCCUAUCAGCUAACUUUGUCAAAUCCGGUUCUCGGCUUUGUUCUCAGUGGGCGUUCACAUGAAAGGGGGCGUUUGACGUUAUUCUACUUAACGUCAAAAAGUAGGCAUCCCAGCUGGUGUAUUUGACAAAAUGAGUAAGUAAUUAUUAUGGAGCGUUAUGAGGAGUUCCCAAAAGAUUAUGACUGCUAAAAGCAACGCCAAUAGAGCGA